UGUGAUCAUUGAAGUGGUAGUCGCAGUGAAAAACAAAGCAAUCUCCACCCAAUGCUCGAUUGCUUAAGAUUCUUCACCUUAUUAGUCACAUGCUCCUCUUCUUCCUCCCCCAAAAAAACUCAAAAAGCAAACCCUAGAUCCAAGACCACAACCCAAAACCAGACCGAUCUGAGAGAUUAACUAUCUAACCAGAUCAGAAAUGAAGAGAGAUCUUCAUCAGUUCCAAGGUCCCAACCACGGGACAUCAAUCGCCGGUUCUUCCACUUCUUCCCCGGCGGUUUUUGGUAAAGACAAGAUGAUGAUGGUUAAGGAAGAAGAAGACGACGAGCUUCUAGGAGUCGUGGGUUACAAGGUUAGGUCGUCGGAGAUGGCCGAGGUUGCGUUGAAACUCGAGCAGCUUGAGACAAUGAUGGGUAAUGUUCAAGAAGACGGUUUAGCUCAUCUCGCGACGGAUACUGUUCAUUACAACCCUGCUGAGCUUUACUCUUGGCUUGAUAACAUGCUGACGGAGCUUAACCCACCCGCUGCGUCGGGGUCUAGUGGUUUGAAUCAGAUUCUUCCUUCCCCGGAGGUUAAUAACUCGUUCUUCACCGGAGGCGGCGAGUACGACCUCAAAGCCAUCCCUGGAAGCGCGAUUUGCCGGAGAUCUAAUCAGUUUCCGGUUGAUUCGUCGAAUAAUAAGCGGUUGAAACCAUGCUCGAGCCCUGAUUCGAUGGUUACAUCUCCAUCACCGGCUGUUCAGAUUGGUGGAGUCGUAGGAACGACGGUAACCACAACAACAGCUAGCGAGUCAACUCGUCCGUUAAUCCUGGUCGACUCGCAAGACAACGGCGUGCGUCUAGUCCACGCGCUUAUGGCCUGUGCUGAAGCCGUGCAGAGCAGCAACUUGACUUUAGCCGAAGCUCUCGUUAAGCAGAUUGGUUUCUUAGCCGUCUCUCAAGCCGGAGCCAUGAGGAAGGUCGCCACGUACUUCGCCGAAGCUCUCGCGCGGCGGAUCUACCGUCUCUCUCCGCCGCAGACUCAGAUAGACCAUUCUCUCUCCGAUACUCUCCAGAUGCACUUCUACGAGACGUGCCCUUACCUCAAGUUCGCUCACUUCACGGCGAAUCAAGCCAUCCUCGAAGCUUUCGAAGGGAAGAAGAGAGUCCACGUCAUCGAUUUCUCGAUGAACCAAGGGCUUCAGUGGCCCGCGCUUAUGCAAGCCCUCGCGUUGAGGGAAGGAGGUCCUCCGAGUUUCAGGUUAACCGGAAUUGGUCCUCCCGCGGCGGAUAACUCCGAUCAUCUUCACGAAGUUGGAUGUAAGUUGGCUCAGCUCGCGGAGGCGAUUCACGUCGAGUUUGAGUACCGUGGCUUUGUCGCUAACAGCUUGGCCGAUCUCGACGCUUCGAUGCUGGAGCUUAGACCGAGUGAGACCGAAGCUGUGGCGGUUAACUCCGUUUUCGAGCUCCACAAGCUCCUAGGCCGUCCCGGUGGGAUAGAGAAAGUCUUCGGCGUUGUGACACAGAUUAAACCGGUGAUUUUUACGGUGGUUGAGCAAGAAUCGAACCAUAACGGUCCGGUUUUCUUAGACCGGUUUACUGAAUCGCUGCAUUACUAUUCGACCUUGUUUGAUUCCUUGGAAGGAGCUCCGAGUAGCCAAGACAAAGUCAUGUCGGAAGUGUAUUUAGGUAAACAGAUUUGCAAUCUGGUGGCUUGCGAAGGUCCGGACCGUGUCGAGAGACAUGAGACGCUGAGUCAAUGGUCGAACCGGUUCGGUUCGUCCGGUUUUGUGCCGGCGCAUCUCGGGUCUAACGCGUUUAAGCAAGCGAGUACGCUUUUGGCUUUGUUUAAUAGAGGCGAAGGUUAUCGUGUGGAGGAGAAUAAUGGGUGUUUGAUGUUGAGCUGGCACACACGACCGCUCAUAACAACCUCCGCCUGGAAGCUCUCGGCGGUGCACUGAGUUGGCUCGAUGUCGACGAUGGUGGUAUUGGUGAUUUGAGUCGAAGUCGACUGUGGUUGUGUGGUGAGUUGACUCGCAGCCGACGGUGUUGGUAAGGUGGAGUUUGCUCGGUUAUUUGGGCUUAAAUCAGUGGACCGGUGAUGACAUAUGUUCGGACCAGACCCAAGCCGAGCUGGAUCGAACCGUUUUACCUUUUAUUUAUUUAAUUUCACCUGUUUAAAAUUUUAAAUCGUUUUGUUAGGUCAUUUUUAAUAUAUGCAUUUUUGGGGAUAAGUCAAUAUGCAGAGUGUGUAUUUACUAAAUAUUAUAUAUUUUAUAAUAAACCUAUUUUCCUUUUUCUU